CCUGCGCCGGGCUGGGGCGGAAGUGACGUCGCGGCGGGGGGGGGGCGGCUGGAGCGGCGGGAAGAUGGCGGACGUGCUGGACCUUCAUGAGGCGGGCGGCGAGGACUUCGCCAUGGACGACGAGGGCGACGAAAGUAUCCACAAAUUGAAAGAGAAGGCAAAGAAGAGGAAGGGUCGAGGUUUUGGAUCUGAGGAAGGCGCCCGCUCCAGGCUGCGCGAGGACUACGAUUCCGUGGAGCAGGACGGCGAUGAGCCGGGCCCCCAGCGCUCGGUUGAAGGUUGGAUCCUGUUUGUAACUGGCGUCCACGAGGAGGCAACAGAGGAAGACAUCCACGACAAGUUUGCGGAAUAUGGCGAGAUCAAGAACCUGCACCUGAACCUGGACCGGCGCACAGGCUACCUGAAGGGUUACGCUCUGGUGGAAUACGAGACGUACAAGGAGGCGCAGGCAGCAAUGGAGGGGCUGAAUGGUUCCGAGCUGGCGGGACAGCCCAUCAGUGUGGACUGGGGCUUCGUCCGGGGGCCCCCCCGCAGCAAGAGACGGAGUGGCCGCAGGAGAAGCCGGACUCCGGAUCGGAAGCGCCACUGACCCGCACCACACCGGAAACCGACGGGAAGAAGCUGCCGGGACAGAUCUGGGGCCGGAGAGACGCCCGUGAUUUGUUUUGUCCCGGCUGAGUUGUAGUUUGACCUUGGUUGGGGUGGGCGGGGUGGGGGUGCUUGCGAUGAGGGUGCAGGAUCAGUGUAUGCAAACCACACUGUGGUUUCUCAGAAAUAAAGUCUUUUAUUUAAACCUUG